AUGAAUGGGAAACGGGUGGAGCUGCUCUAUCGACGCGGCUUCUUAAUAUCAAAAAAGAUGAGAAACGUGUCACGGUAUUUGCUGCGAAGAGGUCAGGACGAAGAAGGAGGACGAGCCGAAGUUUCGAGUCAGUUGAUCCAAAAGAGCUGCACUCUAAAAUUGAAAUGA